AUGCUCCGAGGAGCUCCAGGGCUAGGCCUCAGGGGCCUGAGGGAGGCCGAGGGCUCUGUGGAGGACGUGGGGAGCUCUUGUCCGGAGGCCAGGAAGGAGUGUGGGGUGCUGAGGGAGAACGGCUACCCCCGCGACCUGACCGAGGAAGAGGAGCCAGUGGGCAGGAAGCGCGCCCGGCCGGUGCGGUCCAAGGCGCGGCGCAUGGCGGCCAACGUGCGGGAGCGCAAACGCAUCCUGGACUACAAUGAGGCUUUCAACGCGCUGCGCCGAGCGCUGCGGCACGACCUGGGCGGCAAGAGGCUGUCCAAGAUCGCCACGCUGCGCAGGGCCAUCCACCGCAUCACCGCGCUCUCCCUGGUCCUGCGCGCCAGCCCCGUGCCCCGCUGGCCCUGCGAUCACUUGGAGUGUCACGGCCAGGCCACAAGCGGCGGGGACACCAGGGACGCGGGCUGUAGCCCUCCGCGGUCAGACCUGAUCUCCGCAGGGCUCAGCCUCGCGCGCCGAGACGCCGCAGGCCCCUUCGUGCCACCUGCGCCGCGCUGCGCCUCGUGCUCCCAGUACACGUCCCCGGGACGGCCCAGGCCGGUGGCGGAGGCUCCGAGCUUGGCCCAGGCCUCCGGGGGAAGCUGGCGGCGAUGUCCGGGAGCUCCCUCUGCUGGACCGCCUCUCUGGCCGCGGGGCUACCUUCGAGCGGGCCCCGGGAUGGGCUACCAGCACUGUUGA